AUUUUGCUUUAACUUCACUCCUACUCAAUAACCAAAGAGCAAUUCUUUAAGAACUAAAGUUUAUCUUUUUCCUGAUAUUUUUUUCAUCAGUAACACAAUGAAGAUUCCAAUGGGAAAGCUUCCACUCUCAAUCAUGGCCAUCAUCAUUUGCACAGUGGUGUUUGCAGUUCUAAUAUUUACUGAGGAUCUCAGUUCAAUCACUGGCUUUAAGCUCAAAUCCUGCUCCAGAAAACACACAAUCUCUAAUUCCAGUAAAAAUUCCGCAGAGGAUAAGGAGAAGCAAAAUACUGUGGCAGAAGAUGAUUUCAUCGAUGAAGAUAAGAUAAAUUUUGAUCCUAACGACUGCAGAAUUGAAGAGGGAAAUUGGGUUUUCAAUGCUUCAGCAAAGCCUUUUUAUACUGAUGAGAGCUGUCCAUACUUGGAUAAUCAAGUAGCAUGCUUGAAGAAUGGAAGGAAGGAUAGUGAAUACUUGUACUGGGAGUGGAAACCUGAUGAUUGCAUUUUACCAAGAUUUAAUCCUACAGAUCUGCUUGAGAAACUGAGAGGAAAGAGGCUGAUGUUUGCUGGAGAUUCACUGCAAAGACAGCAAUGGCAGUCACUUGUAUGCAUGGUGGAGUAUGUUAUUCCAUCUGAUAAGAAAUCGAUGAAGCUCGAUCAAGCUCUGUCGGUAUUCAAGGCUGAGGAUUACAAUGCCUCACUUGAGUUUUAUUGGGCACCUUUCCUUGUUCAGUCCAAUUCUGAUGAAAAUAUCAUCUCAAACUCCAGAGACAGAAUAUUAAGAGUGGAUUCAAUCUCAAAGCAUGCUAAGUAUUGGAUUGGGGUUGAUAUCAUAGUAUUCAAUAGUUAUAUUUGGUGGAUGAAUGGUCACAGGAUGAAGUCUCUGUAAGUCUCAAAGUUUAAAUUUUUAGUGAUAUA